CAUUUGCAAUUCAAUUGCAUUCCGAGCAGCCGGGCAAGAGCUCUUGUUUUUUUCUCCAAACGAAUCUCCAAACUAUUAUAACCGGAAACCAGUGAAAAUGUUGACAAAAGUGUUUUGCAUGCGACUGAACACCUACGGUGUGGUCAUUGGCUGGCUGGGCAUCAUCUUCUCCUUCCUGGCCACGAUCCUUUUGUCCGUGGCCCUGGGAUUCGUCGAUGAAAUUGCGCAGCAGAUUGUCGCCGGCAGCAAAAGUGCUGAUGUUACAUUGGAUCAAGUGCGCAGCGUUCUCGUGAUUAGCUUGAGUGUUUACCUGGCGCUGAAGGUGAUCAAUCUUUUGUCUUCGGCCAUGCUGCUCGUAGGAACUGUAAAGGAACGCCAUCUGCUCCUGCUGCCCUGGUUGAUCAAUAAUGGAGUUAUACUGGCCUUCGGCAUUGUCGUACACCUUGGCCUCUGGGCGCAAGUUUUUAGUUCCCCGACGCCCUUCUUGGAUGCCCUGCCCAUCAUUCUUUUCUCCAUGGCUAUUCUCGCGUUCGGAUGGUAUCUGUACUAUGGGAUCUACUCGCUGUUCAAGCAAAUCCAAGUCACCAGUGAUAUCCAGCGUCCGCUGAUUGCACCCGCCUCCCAGCAGACCAAUUCGUACCCCAGCUACACCAAGAUUUAGGCUGGCUCAUGAGUGAUUCUAAGCCCGUGAUCAACAGAUUUCGAAUCAUAUCAGUACAGCUUUCUAUUUGCGAUAAUCUUUUCAUAUAUAUAAAAAUUAAAACGAUUUGUUUGCUUCGCUAUGACGAACAAAAGCGAUA